GUUCCACGUCAGUGGGUCGGCCGGUCCACGGGUCGGUGGGUUCCUGAGUGUGUCGCCCGGAGCCUGUGACGGGCAGGGGCUCGGACAGUCGGAGCCAUGCCUCUUCGACUUGACAUCAAGAGAAAGCUGACUGCUAGGUCUGACCGAGUUAAGAGUGUGGAUUUGCAUCCGACAGAACCAUGGAUGUUGGCUAGUCUUUACAAUGGCAGUGUGUGUGUUUGGAAUCAUGAAACUCAGACACUGGUGAAGACGUUUGAAGUAUGUGAUCUUCCUGUUCGAGCUGCAAAGUUUGUCGCAAGGAAGAACUGGGUGGUGACAGGAGCAGACGAUAUGCAGAUCAGAGUGUUCAAUUAUAACACCCUGGAGAGGGUGCACAUGUUUGAAGCACACUCGGACUACAUUCGUUGUAUUGCUGUUCAUCCCACCCAGCCGUUCAUCCUCACAAGCAGUGAUGACAUGCUUAUUAAGCUCUGGGACUGGGAUAAAAAAUGGUCUUGUUCACAAGUGUUUGAAGGACACACGCACUACGUUAUGCAGAUUGUGAUAAACCCCAAAGAUAACAAUCAGUUUGCCAGUGCAUCUCUCGACAGGACCAUCAAGGUGUGGCAGCUGGGCUCUUCAUCACCAAACUUCACUCUGGAAGGACAUGAAAAAGGCGUGAAUUGCAUUGAUUACUACAGUGGUGGUGACAAGCCAUACCUCAUUUCAGGUGCAGAUGACCGGCUCGUUAAAAUAUGGGAUUAUCAGAACAAAACUUGUGUGCAGACCCUGGAGGGGCAUGCCCAGAAUGUGUCGUGUGCAAGCUUCCAUCCUGAGCUGCCCAUCAUCAUCACAGGGUCAGAAGAUGGAACUGUGCGAAUCUGGCAUUCUAGUACCUACCGGCUUGAGAGCACACUGAAUUACGGAAUGGAGAGGGUGUGGUGUGUGGCCAGUCUGAGAGGGUCCAACAAUGUCGCUCUGGGCUAUGAUGAAGGGAGCAUCAUUGUUAAGCUUGGCCGGGAGGAACCUGCCAUGUCCAUGGAUGCCAAUGGAAAGAUAAUCUGGGCCAAGCAUUCUGAAGUCCAGCAGGCCAACCUGAAAGCAAUGGGCGACACUGAGAUUAAAGAUGGAGAAAGAUUGCCACUGGCAGUAAAGGACAUGGGCAGCUGUGAAAUAUAUCCACAGACCAUUCAGCACAAUCCUAAUGGGAGGUUUGUUGUGGUGUGUGGUGAUGGGGAGUAUAUCAUCUACACAGCAAUGGCGUUGAGGAACAAGAGCUUUGGGUCUGCCCAGGAGUUUGCAUGGGCCCACGAUUCUUCAGAGUAUGCAAUAAGAGAAAGCAACAGUGUUGUAAAGAUAUUUAAAAACUUUAAAGAAAAAAAAUCAUUUAAACCUGAUUUUGGAGCUGAAAGUAUCUAUGGGGGCUUCUUGUUGGGAGUCAGGUCUGUAAAUGGCUUAGCCUUCUAUGACUGGGAGAAUACUGAACUCAUCCGCAGAAUUGAAAUUCAGCCCAAGCAUAUCUUCUGGUCUGACUCUGGAGAGCUGGUCUGUAUCGCCACGGAGGAGUCAUUUUUUAUUCUUAAAUAUCUGUCAGAAAAAGUCUUGGCUGCACAGGAAACACAUGAGGGAGUUACUGAAGAUGGCAUUGAAGACGCCUUUGAGGUUCUUGGUGAAAUUCAGGAAAUUGUGAAAACUGGGCUGUGGGUAGGUGACUGCUUCAUUUACACAAGUUCUGUGAACAGAUUAAACUAUUACGUGGGAGGAGAGAUAGUCACCAUCGCCCACUUGGACAGGACAAUGUAUCUUCUGGGCUAUAUUCCAAAAGACAAUAGGCUUUAUCUGGGGGAUAAGGAAUUGAACAUUGUUAGCUACUCCCUGUUGGUUUCAGUCCUAGAAUACCAGACCGCUGUCAUGCGCAGGGAUUUCAGCAUGGCGGACAAGGUCCUCCCUACCAUCCCCAAAGAACAGAGGACCAGAGUGGCACACUUUUUGGAAAAACAGGGCUUCAAGCAGCAAGCACUUACAGUAUCCACAGAUCCUGAACAUCGUUUUGAGCUUGCUCUUCAGCUUGGAGAGUUGAAAAUUGCUUACCAGUUAGCAGUGGAAGCAGAGUCGGAACAGAAGUGGAAACAACUUGCUGAACUCGCCAUUAGUAAAUGUCAGUUCAGCCUAGCCCAGGAGUGUCUGCACCAUGCCCAGGAUUAUGGUGGUCUGCUGCUCUUGGCCACGGCCUCUGGAAACGCUAGUAUGGUGAACAAGCUGGCAGAAGGUGCGGAGAGAGACGGCAAAAAUAACGUGGCAUUCAUGAGCUAUUUUUUACAGGGCAAGCUUGAUGCUUGCCUAGAGCUCUUGAUCAGGACAGGAAGACUCCCUGAAGCUGCCUUCCUGGCCCGAACUUACUUACCCAGUCAGGUCUCAAGGGUAGUGAAACUGUGGAGGGAGAAUCUUUCAAAAGUCAACCAGAAAGCAGCAGAAUCCCUUGCUGACCCUACAGAGUAUGAAAACCUUUUCCCUGGAUUAAAAGAAGCCUUUGUUGUUGAAGAAUGGGUGAAGGAGACACAUGCGGAUUUGUGGCCAGCCAAGCAGUACCCUCUUGUCACGCCAAAUGAAGAAAGAAAUGUUAUGGAAGAGGCAAAAGGCUUUCAGCCCUUGAGACCCACAGCCCAACAGGAACCUGAUGGAAAACCUGCUUCUAGCCCAGUUAUCAUGGCCUCCCAAAUUACCCACAAAGAAGAAAAGAGUUUACUAGAACUAGAAGUUGAUUUGGAUAACUUGGAAUUAGAGGAUAUUGACACAACAGACAUUAAUCUGGAUGAAGAUAUUCUGGAUGACUAAAGUUUGCCAUUUACCGCAGUCUGAUGAUGAACCUACUCACAGAAAAUGCACAGAAAAAUGAAAAGUGGGUGACAUCACAGGGUUCACGUCAACCAGCAGGUCUACCUGCAAGCUGCCUGCCUAGCCUUGCUCACCUCAGUUAAGUACUUGCCUCAUAAGCACAAUCCCCAGAACCCACAUAAAAACCAUGUGUGGUGGGCACGCUGGUAUUCCCAAUGAUGGCAAGACAGAUCCCUGGAAGUUCACGGGCCAUCCAGCCUAGCCAACUGAGCAGCGUUCCAGGCCCACGAGACCCUGCAUCAAACAAAGCAAGCUACCCGAAGAACCCAAGCUUGCCCUCUGACCCACACAUAGGAAACAGCAAACCUGCGCCUUCCCUACUAGAGUAUCAGCCUUGUGUGUGUACACCUUCCUGUGAGUGUAUAGCCCAACGAGGUCACCAGGAUCCCCUAGUCCAUGCCCCCUCUAACACUGCAGUCAGAUAUGUGCCAGCUCCCCUGGCUUUCACAUGGGUGUUGGGAAUCUAAACUCAGGAGUUCAUGCUUGCACAGCAAGCACUUUACCUACUGAGCCCUCUCCUCAGCCCUGUCCAAAAGGCUUUAAAACUGAUGAAGUUUUAAAGAUGAAGAGAGUAUCCCUCACCUAGUACUGCAGUCACACUUGAUUCAGCCCCCCCACCUUGAACCAUCCCCUGCAUAUGCACUGUAUGUACAAACACGAAUCUCAAGCUUACUUGAACCAUCCCCUGCAUGUGCAUGUACAAAGCUUACUUGGGUUUUUCUACCUGCUGCUUAGUCUGUCAUCUGAAACACCUCUACUCACCAAAGUCCCCUCUCUCACUGUUCCUUGCACCUCUAGAACCCCUUUCAAGGCACCUAGAAAGCCUUUUCUGAGAGUGCUCUUAACACAACAUUUUAGGCAGAGGUGACGCCCACUCAGUCCUCUGUCCUGGGAUCAGCUAUGUUACCCACAAUGACACUGCCCACAACCAGGCUCUCUGAACACAUCCUUACUGAGCUAUAAGACACACACUGCGCUUGGACAAUUCUAAUGGAUGACUAACUGUUCCUAUAAGGUGAACUGAGAGGAGAAAAGGCUUUGUCAUCAUCUGAGUCCUACACCAACCACUUUAACAGCAGUGCAACUAAGAGCAAGCCAGUUCACUCUACAAGCCCUGCUUCUUUCAUUCUUAAGAGGCGUCUGAACACAUAAAACAUGUAUCUACACUAAAUAACGUUCAAGGUAAUUCCCUUUCCUAUAACCUGCAUCAAAGCCUGUAGUAGAAUUCAAGUGCUACAUUUAAAACCUUUUGCAAAAUUAUUUAAAUCUCAUAUUGGGAACUAUCAAAUAUACUCACCUUGAUAUACUCAGUGGAAUCUGGCUCAAACUGGGCAACACAGAGAUUGAGGACAUCGGCAUGCCGGUCUUGGCUGUACAUGGUCUAGAACCACAUAGUAAAAUGGGAGUCAGCUGAGAACCUGAAAUCUUCCAUCUGCCCUGACACCCCGGCAGGCCACACACAAGCCACCCGUGUGCCUAUCAAGAGCACAGAGGGAGCUGGACAUUGUGGUGCAGACCUUUAAUCCCAGCAUU